AAAUUAGUAAAUUAUUCUGCAGUGUGAGCGCGCGUCUCGAAACUCGGUCGGAGCUAACAACAAACACAAAAAACAAAGAAAAACAUAAAAAGACGCCGAGAAUUCAGUAGCUCACGGCAAUUGCGUUUGUCACUCUGUUAGCCAACAUCCCGAUUUUUUUUUGGUUUAUUGAUUAAAUUCAUUGCAGUGGAGACACACAAGAACACACACACGCACACAUAGGCCCUGGCACGCGGAUAGAGAGGAAAACAACAACAAAUUGUUAGUGGCGCGCAAAUACACACACAAAUAACAAUAACAAUUGAUAAAUUGCUUAGACGCUAAAUGAGUCAAUCGUGAAAUAAAUCGGUUUUAGAGGUUUUCAAAUCGGGUUUACAAACGACAUACUGAAAACCGCAAUGUCUUGCUGCACUGGUGUGGCGAUGACCGACAAGGGGAUUACUAUGCGCAAUGGCAGGACCAAGACGCCGCAGGAUCAGGUGGCUCCGUUAUUGCCACAGGUGCAGCAGCAGGAGCAACAGGAUCUUAACCCACAACAACAACAGCAACAGCAGCAGCAACAACAGGCCACUCCGCAGAAACAAGCCAUGUCCCCGGACGAAAGGAAGGCCACCAAAAAGUCCCUGGUCAUCGUGGCGGGCAUUUUUGUGGCCAGCCUGGCCACCAUGUGCUAUGUGUACGCCAUAUUCCCCGAGCUCAACGCGUCGGAAAAACAACACUUGAAAAUUCCGCGAGAUAUCCAAGAUGCUAAGAUGCUGGCCAAGGUCCUUGAUCGCUACAAGGACAUGUACUAUUUUGAAGUGAUGUUCGGCGUGGUGGUCGCCUACGUAUUCCUGCAAACAUUCGCCAUUCCCGGAUCGCUGUUUCUGUCGAUUCUACUCGGAUUCCUGUACAAGUUCCCGAUCGCCCUGUUCCUCAUCUGUUUCUGCUCGGCGCUGGGCGCCACCCUAUGCUAUACACUUUCCAAUCUGGUCGGACGCCGCCUGAUCCGGCACUUUUGGCCCAAGAAGACCAGCGAGUGGUCGAAGCACGUGGAGGAGUACCGGGACAGUCUGUUCAACUACAUGCUGUUCCUGCGCAUGACCCCGAUCCUGCCCAACUGGUUCAUCAACCUGGCAUCGCCGGUGAUCGGUGUGCCGCUGCACAUCUUCGCACUGGGCACCUUCUGCGGCGUGGCACCGCCCUCGGUGAUCGCCAUCCAGGCGGGCAAGACGCUCCAGAAGAUGACCAGCUCGAGCGAGGCCUUCUCCUGGACCUCGAUGGGCGUCCUGAUGCUCUGCGCCUGCGCAUCCUUGCUGCCCGGUCUCCUCAAGAACAAGUUCAAGCACAAGAAGGAGGCGUAAGCUGGUCGGGAGAUCAGAUCGGUCGCGAAUAUAUAUAUAUUUAUUUAUAUGUAUGUGCUAUUCCCCAAACUGAAACCAAAACAACCCGAGAAAUCAUUAAUUGUAACUUAUAAACUACGACAGAAACAAAAGGUAAAACACACAAACCGCGAUGAUUGUUUUUAUAAUUGAACGCGGCAAUGAAAGAAGAAGAAAAAGCCCGCCCAGAAAUAAAUUUCGGAUUGCCACUUUGGGUCUCGAUCCACUAUGUUUAAGUCUACUACAAAAUAUCUGUGUUUAUCCUAUUAUUACAUGAUUAAUUUUUUUCUAAACUUACUCUUACCAAACAACUUUUGCAUCAUAUGUUUCCAUCAAUUGUUUUUAAGUUAGUGAAUUUUUGUUUAGUGCUAUUGCAGUAUUUACUAGUAAAGUUCUCCUAUAAGUAAAUCAAAUUAGCAGAAAUCCAUUGAAUAUUACGCAACGUAUGUAAGUUAAAAGAUAAAAAAGAAUGUAUGUGUCUGCAAGUAAAUGUUCAACAAAGAUAAAUUGAAAA